UAAACUCAGACCCGUUGGACGAGACGGACUGUUUUUAGAAGAUGAGUGUGAGUAUUCCUACUCAACCUCAUUCCAACACUGAAACCGUCUCUCGCGCGCAUGGGACGCACACUCGUCUCGAUCAGCGCGGAGGAGAAAGACGCACAGGUGCGACGGGUCGAUAAAAAUACGACAACUUAUUGUUAGUGGUGGAUUUUAAUCGGUACAUGAUGAGAAACUGACGAAGAAACUCGCUGGAGUUAACUUUUUUUUCACUACGAAGACUUUUGUCGUUUUAGUGGAUAAUUAAACACAAUGGAUCAGGAGGACAAAUUGGACUUUAUGGCCCUGAGGGCCAAGUUUCAGGAGGGAGAACACCUCCUGAAGCAACCCAAAAUCAAACCUGCUCUCCCACAGAAACCAAAAGUUGUUCCUCCCCCACAGAGUCCCACUCACUACAUCCCUGCAGGAGCACGCCCCUCCCUGCUCACCACCAUCAACCAGAGCCUGGACGGGAAGACACCACUUGCUCCCAGAGUGGUCUUCAAGGACGACAAGAAGGAGAGCAAAAAGCUUCUCAGCCAGGUGAACUCUAAGGGGAAAGACAAGAGUGAAGGGAAGCUGAAAAAGAGUAAAGACAAGUCAAAAGGAAGCAAAGAGAAGCUCUUUGCUGAUGAGGAUGCAGAGGAGCAGAAGCCGAAGAAAGAGAACGGUAAAGACAAGAAGCUCCCGCUGCUCCCUGUAGCACCCAAGCAGAGCACUGCAGAGCUGGUGCCAGCCACGCCUCCACCUAAAGCCACAACACAAAAGAAGAAGGGCUUCCUGGGUUUCAGGAAGUCAGGAAAAAAAGAUUCAGUGGAGGUCCCAGCAGAGCCCAUCCUAGACAGCCCCAGCACUGAUGUUCCUGGACCAGCUCCACUUAUCCCAGUACCUUCUGACUUUGGUGACACACCACCAGAGCCGGAGAUGGCUGCACCAAAGGCUCUAAUGCCAAACAUCCCCACCUUACCAAACUCAAGUGCUGCAGUGGAAAUCACCCCACCCUCCACUAUCCCUGCCUCUCCUGACUUCGGCCCACCUCCUGCCUUUAUUCCUGAUAUCCCAACUCCUAAAGUGCCAACGCCAGAGAUUGAAACUCCACUUGAGAUAGAAACUCCUGCGUUGCAUGUUUCCAGGCCUGCAAGCCAAAAUGAAAUCAUUCCCGGUCCACCCAGUGCUACCCCAACCCCUCCACCCACUCGUGCCAUCAUUGAUCCCCCACCAGUGGCCUCUACUCCCUCACCAUCACCUCCUGAGCCUGAGAUUGCAGUUGAGGCUGUAAACAUAGCUGCGGUGGAGACGCCUCCUCCUCCAGUGGUGAAUCGUACUUCCAAUUCCACGCCAUCUCCAAAACCUGAGCAUCCGAUCUCAGCCCUCUCAGCCCUCUCCAGGGCGGAGGACAUGAGCCCAGUGAGAAGGAGUAUACCAUGUGACCAGAGGAUCUUCAAUGCUCUGGAGAAGGCACGCAGGAAGACCAGCCCACAGACAACCUCCAUCACAUCCUUCUCUGCCAGCCCACCUCCUUCUGAAGAGUUUCCCCCUUCUCAGAGUCCCACCAUCUCUCUCCCAGAGCUCCCACCCAUUGAUUAUGCGGGGAACGCACCCAAACCAGUUAACGGCCUCGACCACCGGCAAGCCUCUCCAGUGUUGGAGGGUAUCAGUGAGGAGGGGUCCAACCCUAUCUCAGAGCUGUUGGUGGUCCCACCUCCUCCACCCAAGAAGAUCCCCCGAAACACUGGGUCUCUGGAUCCUACUCCAGAGGAGCCAGGCAGACCUCCAUCUGUCAGCCUCAAUGAAUUCAUCCCUCCUCCUUUGGAAGGUAAUGAGAUCCCUGCUCCUCCUGAAUUCGGGACCGACACCACAGAUGUCCCAGAGUUUGACGACGUGGCCUCAGAUGCUCACUCUCCAGAGCUGCCGGUGUCACAGUGGAACGGGGAGGAGUACUCAGGUCCAGAUUCUCCAGAUGGACAGAACCCGCCAGAGUUUUACGGCAAUGGGGUAACUCCUCCAGGAGUGGAGGUCCCUGCAUCACCAGUGUUUGGGGCCGAAAACCAACACAAUUCACUACCGGAAUUCUCUUUGCCUAUCUUUCAGGGGUCCCCACCACAGGCAGGGCUCGAAACUACUCAAGUUGGCAACGGUGUCUACGCAAGUGAGGAAAAUGUCUAUGAGGACAUCUCCACAUCUACAACCAAAAAGAAAGGGAAGAGUGACGGCAAGAAACGCAAAGGACCACCAAAGAAUCCAUAUGCUGAGGCACAACAGGAAGCCACUGAAGAAAAAACCAAGACGGGCAGGUUUGGCAGGGGCGACAAGAAAGCUGCCACAGAAGGGCCGGAUGAGAAGGAGCUGAAAAAGAGAGAGAAGCAGCGCCUGGAAAAAGAGAAGAAGGAGCUGAAGGAGAAACAAGAGAGGGAAAAGAAAGAGCAGAAAGAGAGGGAAAAGAAGGAGAACGAGAUGAAGAAGAAAUUCAAAAUCACAGGACAGGAGGAUGCCAUGUACCAGGCAACAGUAACUGUGACGACCAAGGGACGUAAGCACGAUCUGCCCGUCACCAACGGUGACACCAUCAGCAUCAUCCGAACAACCAACUGUCCUAAAGGGAAAUGGCUGGCCAGAGACAGCAGCAACAACUAUGGCUAUAUUGCGGUGGAUCAUGUGGAGCUGGACAUAAAGGAGAUGUUGGAGCUGGGAAAGAAGGCUGCAAACACACACAAGAGCAGCAACAAUAUUAUCGAGGAUGUUGCAAGAUCAGGGAGCAGGACCUCAAACCACUAUCCUCUGUCAGCAGAAAGCUUCACAGAUGACAGUGAGGAGUGGACCGGUGAUGAUGACGAACCUCUGUCCCCUACCUCGAACACUACAGAUCCACUGGCUCCAAUCGGUCACUCCAGGACGCUCUCAGUGCCAGACAUGGGAAACAAAGACCUCAGUGUAAACCACGCGCACAGUCAAAGUGACCUCAGUGCAGAUGGCCCCCAUGUCCAAGCAAGACAUGAAGCACUUCAGAAGCUGGCGACAUUUUUCCAUUCACCCAAACCUGUGGAGCCAGCUGCCAGCAGCACUGAACCAGAGAAAAGUCCUGUGCCUGUGAAGGAGGAAGCAGCUCCCAUGCCUGAAGCCAGUUCAACACAGGAAGUUGAUUUAGACUCUACUGAUAUGCUCAUUUUACCUCCUCCUGCCCUGUAUGCUGACCUGGCCGCAGAGUAAUUAUCAUAAAACCAGCAGCUGGGCAAAAAGCAGCCAGGCAGAGGAAACAGGAUUUGUCUAUGUUAUUCUUCACUCUGUGACCCGUGUCAGUCACAUAAUACUGUGACAGUAACUUCAUCUUCUUGAUAAUAACCUUUUUUACCUGGUGACUGCAUUUGUGGAUCAGUAUGAUGAUGAAGAAGAGCAGGAUUUGGGGAUUUCUCAACAAGCGACACACCAUCUCAGCAACUAGAACUUUUUGUGCGCUUUUUUUGAAGCACUCGCUGUGAAACCAGAGGGACAGUUUGCCUGGUGGCUCUGAGUGACUUUGAAUAUUGGACCAAGAUGAACUGCUGAUCCUGGGAAAGGACUUAUGAACUGUUGCAGACACGCACCCUGGAGGCUGUUGUAGGGAAAAUUACAAACUUCCUAUGCAAACACCAGAAAGCUAAAUCUAUUUAAAGUGGAAACAGACAACUUUUCAGCUUUCCCCACUAGCAUUUCCAAGGGGUAUUAUUGUUGGCACCACUGUUGCAAAGACAACCGGCUCGCUUUACAUGUACUUCUGAGCUUAGCAGCCACCACAGUUUCACAGUUACUUCGGUUGUUCCACUGUCUGUCAUUUCCGCUACUGGGGAUAGUAACUGCACAGAACGUACACUGAUACUCUUUAGUAACUGUGGAUGGCUACUGGGGAAACAAAAGCACUAUCCUCUUUCUGUUUUUUGGUUGUGCAAUGGUUGAUGCACUUCCUUUGUGCCAUAAACAAGCAAACAUGAUUGCAUAAUGACAGUGAGGCUUAUGGGGAACCAGUCUCAACACGAAUAGUGUCAGUAUUCUAUAGCCAUUAGGGUACAAUUACACAUGAGCAAAAUUAACAGUGGUGAAUAUUAGCCUUCCGUUCACUUCCAUUCAAUGCGAGCAAAGGGGGACGUUGAAUAUUUGCUUCUGGUGGCAAAGCAAAUCACAUCUUCACAUCACGUGGAGUUCCUCAGGGAACUAUAGUGACCUUUGCUUGGCAACGUUGCAGCUUCAACUACUAGCAAAGUAGCACGUGUGGAGGAGACAGUGAUUGUUGCCCUGUUUGACCAGCCCAUACUGUAUGAUAUUGGCCAUGAAUAACACAAACUGCCCCACAUGAGAAAUGCUGCUUGGCGAGAGACAGAAAUGGAAUGUAAGAAAAUGGAAAAUAACAUCAUAUUUCGUUGUCUUUAUCAGCACGCUAGCUAACAUUAGCCAGAAAGCUAGCCCAUAUUAUCGCCUUGGCAGCGUGGCCACUCGCCUGCAUUGCUCAUGUGAUUGUACUCUGACAUUGUGUAAUCCAUAUUUACUUCAUACUGACAAGUUAAAGCAAAAGAAAUUGUCUAUUUUCACUUUAAAAUGGUGGAAAGAAGGAGGGGACAAUGAAAAUGUAGAUUUUUCGUAGACCAGGGAAUUUUUUAAGGUUAGGACGCUAUCCUGAACGGGGGAUUGUUAACUAACCAAUUCCAUCCAUGUUCCCAGUAAUCAAUAGUCUUUCUUCAGGCUCAACCACUAAUCCAACAGUUCAGUUAUCGGUGUCUGAAUAUUUAUCGUCGUCUACAUAUAGCAGUUUCAAGGGCUGGAUGGAAAUUGGUGUCUCACAAACUUGUUACCAGUUUACAGUGUUGGUAGCAAAUGGAUGAAUAGUAAUAUAGCUGAUAAACUUACAAAUGAACAAAGACUUAAAGGUCCAGUGUGUAGGAUUCAGUGAUGUCCAGCAGCUGAGGGUGCAGGUUGCUGCCAACUGAAGCUGCUCCCGUGUGAUGAGCGUGGCCGACGCAAAAACGUGAUCGGCCCUGUCAGAGAAGUGAUUUGUAUGUUCUGGGCUACUGUAGACACAACAUGAUGGACCUCAUGGAAGAGGACCCGCUCAGUACGUAAAUAUAAACAGCUCAUUCGAAGGUAAUGAAAACAGUGAUUCUGUGAAUAUUCUCCCUGAAUCCUACACACUGGACAUUUAAUAUGAUUUUAGGUUUGGUCAUCAGCAGUAAUUAAAGAACCUGUAUGUGGCCAGCUCUACCCCACAAGUGUUGUGAUCUAUUUUAGUUUAUUUCAUACUGCAUCUAUAGGACUAUGGUUAAAGUGCAGUUCACCCCAAAAUCAGGAAUGCAUUUUUUUUGUCCUCUUACCUGUGGUGCUAUUUAUCAGUCUAGAUUGCUUUGGUGUGAGUUGCACAGUGUUGGAGAUAUGUUCCAGCACAUGUUCACUGUUCCAAACUUCCUGCUGCUGAGAAAGGGUGAUGAGAAUGGAAGAAACGAGCAAGAAGUUUUCAUUUACCUCUUGGGUGACCCCGCCAGAAUGUUCUGGGAGCCAGUGAAGCUCAGUAACA